GCAGUCAUCGGAGAUGGGACACCAUGGCUGACAGGGAGAAACUAAUAUUGGAUAAAUCUGGCGAAGCCCCAGAAAAUGUGCUCAAAAGAAAGGAUGGCUCAGGGCUACCCUGGUACUUUGCAAGUGGAUUUCUGCUAUUUUGGGGACUUCUGUUCUUUGCCAUAGUAAUUCCAUUUUUCUAUCGCUUACCCACGGCUCUGACAAUGGACGACGCUAACAACAAUGAAUUCAUAGCUCAGCGUGCAUACAAACAGUUGUACACAUUGUCUAAUAUAGGUUUCAAAAUGCUUGGAAGUAAGGGAAAUGAAGUUGAGGCUGUGCAGUUCCUGCUGAAGGAACUAAGGCAAAUUAAGGAAGAUGCGCUGAAAGAUUAUUUCGAUAUUGAAAUCGAUCUAUCACAGGCUUCUGGAACGUUCGCCUUAAAGCAUUCACUCAGGGUCUACCAAGGAGUUCAAAAUAUUGCUGUCAAAAUAACGCCCAAAAACAGCACGAGUGAGUCCUAUCUGCUUGUCAAUAGUCACUUCGACUCCAAGCCAGCAUCUCCGUCUGCCGGCGAUGCGGGAUUCAUGAUAGUCACGAUGUUGGAAGUUCUGCGUGUUAUUGCCACAACAAAACAGACAAUUCAACAUCCAAUCGUGUUUCUAUUCAAUGGAGCUGAGGAAGGUGCACUCGAAGGCUCCCAUGGCUUUAUAACUCAGCACAAGUGGGCUUCAAACUGCAAAGCCGUCGUUAAUCUUGAUGCUGGCGGUAGUGGAGGACGAGAAGUGCUAUUUCAAAGUGGACCCAACCACCCAUGGCUUGUAAACUACUAUAAAAAAUAUAUCAAAUAUCCCUUCGCUACUACUAUGGCUGAGGAAGGUUUCCAAUCAGGCACGAUUCCAUCGGAUACAGACUUUCGACAAUUCAACAAAUAUGGUGAUCUACCAGGUUUGGAUAUGGCCCAAUGUGUAAAUGGAUUCAUAUAUCAUACAAAGUACGAUGUAAUUGACAUAAUUCCGCCUGAGUCUCUGCAAAACACUGGCGACAAUAUUCUCAGUUUAGUGCGCGGAUUGGCCAAUGCAACAGAAUUACAUGACACAGAGGCACACAAGACUGGCCAUGCAGUCUUCUUCGAUUUUCUGGGACUUUACUUCAUCCAUUAUUCGGAGACUACGGGCAUAUUUGUGAACCUAGGAGUAUCUGCAGCUGCCUUGAUUUUUGUUUUCCUAUCGAUGUGGCGCAUGGCUGCAGUUUCCCAUCAAUCAGUUUUGAACGUAGUGCACAGCUUCAUUUUAGUUUUUGUCGUCCAGAUUAUAUGCAGCUUUCUCGGACUGGCACUUCCAUUAAUUGUUGCACAUGUGAUGGAUAAUUUGGGUCUAUCGCUUGCCUACUAUAGCUGCCCAUUGCUGCUGAUCGGCUUAUAUGUGUGCCCCUCCCUUAUCGGCCUCAGCCUACCCACUACCAUCUACUUUACAUUCCGACGCGACGAUAAAAUAUCAGCAUCCUAUCAUCUGCUACUGGCAUUACAUGCUCAGGCUGUUAUCCUAUCAAUUUUAGCUAUUGUUCUUACAGCAUACGGAUUACGAACUGCAUAUAUUCUGGUGAUUCCAAUAAUGUUUUAUGUGUUAGCCUUGGCCUUGAAUUUGUUAACUACUCUGCACGAUCGAGGCUUUGCAUGGACAGGUCUGCUUAAGGCAAGCCAGAUAAUUCCAUUCCUCUACAGCAGUUACGUCUUUUAUUUUUUUAUUGUGGUGCUAACUCCAAUGGGUGGACGAUCAUUUAGUUCAUCGAAUCCGGAUAUAACUAUUGCUCUUUUGUCAGCAGCCGGAACGAUACUUUCAUUUGGUUUUUUGGUUCCACUAAUCAACACUUUUCGACGACCCAGCUUUGUGGUGCUCACUCUGAUAACUAUCUCUGCUCUCGCCAUGUACUUGGCCAGUAGCACUCAGAUUGGAUUUCCCUAUCGACCAAAAACCCAUGGCCUGCGAGUGGCAUAUUUGCAAGUACGCAAUGUGUUCUACGAGUACGAUGGAACUCUGAUUAGAGAUGAGUCUGGAUAUUUGUUUAACUUUCAGGAUCGGCUCAAGGAAAAGCCACUCCUAGGUACAAACGUUAAUUUGACUGGCUUGAUUAGUCUUAAAUCGAAAUGCGAGCAGCAUAUGAUGUGCGGCAUGCCAUUGUAUGACUCGACGUAUGUCCUGAAUCGACUUCAAGCCAAAUGGUUGCCGCGCCUCGAACCUGUCGAGCCACCCGCUCCAACAGAAUUAAGAUUACUAAACAAAACCCUUCUAAAUACAACAACUGUCCGGUUUGAGUUUAGUUUAACGGGUCCUCCUCAAAUGAAACUCUUUAUUCAGCCGUACGAAGAUGUUUUACUAAGCAACUGGUCCUUCUUGCAAGCCUAUCUCGAGACACCAUUGACACCGCCCUUGCCAUACUUUAUCUCUUUUAGCUAUGGCAUAGACAAAUCCCCAUUAAAAUUCUUUUUGGAACUCACGAAGCCCAACGGAGACUUUGAUGUCCCUUUAUUCCAACUGGGGGUGUCUGGACAUUAUAUCGGCCACGCAGGUGAUGCCCACAGCGUAAAGUUCGCAUCUUCAUUCCCUUCGUUUGCAAUCCUCGAACAAUGGCCCGCACUUUAUCAACGAUUCAUCUUUUAAAUUUAAAUCAAUCUAGUUAAAUGUGAAGACA